CCGGAGAGGCUAUGAGCCCGCAGGACUCCAAGGCAGCAGGGGCCGAGGCCACGGAGGAGCAGAAGGCCCAGAACCAGAGCCAGAAUCAGGGGUCUCCGGAGCCUACAGCGCCUCCGCUCCCUCCCCCUUCACCGCCACCAGCAGAGCCACCAGAAUACCCCAGACCUAAGCUCAUCUUCCACACCCAGCUGGCUCAUGGGAGUCCCACAGGGCGGAUUCAUGGAUUCACUAAUGUCAAGGAGUUGUAUGCCAAGAUCGCAGAAGUGUUCAACAUCUCCCCCUCAGAGAUCCUGUUCUGCACUCUCAACUCUCAUAAAGUGGACAUGCAGAAACUACUGGGAGGACAGAUUGGACUGGAGGACUUCAUCUUUGCCCAUGUAAGAGGGGAGACCAAAGAGGUGGAGGUGACAAAGACAGAAGAUGCACUGGGUCUCACGAUCACAGACAACGGGGCCGGCUACGCUUUCAUCAAGAGGAUAAAGGAAGGCAGCACCAUUGACCGGCUGAAGACAGUAUGUGUUGGAGACCACAUCGAGGCCAUCAAUGACCAGAGCAUUGUAGGGUGUCGACACUAUGAGGUUGCAAAGAUGCUAAAAGAGCAACCGAGAGGCGUACCCUUCACUCUUCGCCUUGUGGGACCCAAGAAAGCCUUUGACAUGAUUGGAAUGAGGACUAGAGCGCCAAAGUCUAAUGAGGGCAAGAUGGUGAAUGGGAAGGAAACACUGCGACUAAGGUCCAAGGGUUCUGCUACAGUUCAGGAAGUGCAGAAUGAAUUUGAAGAACGAGCCACCAAAAAAGUGGACGACCUGUUGGAGAGCUACAUGGGCAUCAGAGACCUGGAGCUGGCAACCACCAUUGUGGAAGCGGGCAAAGACAAGAAGAACCCCGAUGACUUUGCAGAGGCACUGGAUUCAGUUCUGGGGGAUUUUGCCUUCCCUGAUGUUUUUUUGUUUGAUGUAUGGGGAGCUAUUGGAGAUGUCAAAAAUGGCAGAAUCUAGACAUUUAUUGUACACAUAAGAGAGAAGAGUUCUGUUCUCUGGUAUAUCAAGCUGCAAAAAAGUAAAACGUAGAAGUGCUUAAAUAUUGCCUUCCAGUCCCUAUAUUCAUUUUGAAUCACUUGCAAUCGUGGCCGUACUGCGAUAUUUUUUGAGAAAUGAAAUGUCACUAAUUUGUGCAUAACAGAUUCUUAAUGUACUACUAAACUGAACUGUCAAAUCUUUACAAGAAAUACAAUGCACAGAAAUCUGCAGAGUAGUUUUAAAUACAUUUGGCUAAAUGAAUAAUCAGAAAUCACUAAUUUAUCAUCAUUAAAAAGCUGUGAUUGAAUAUUUAAUUAAAAAGAGAUGCAUUUAAAAGAAGUCUUCACGUCUGCCACAAGCAUGCAAUGGUAUGUUAUGAAACUGCAAGAGUUGGGAUCAGCUGAGGAAUCCAGGGAAAUCAGUAAGCACCAGUAAGUCUGUUUCACUUUGAAAGGAAUUGUCAGGAAAACAGGAAAGAAACAUUUACAGGACAUUCAAAGACCAAAUGAGUAAUCUUUCUCUCAGUUAACAACAACUUAUAUAAGUAAAAUUAAAAAAAUCUGUGCUUUAGAUUUUACCAAGCAUUCCAGAAAAAUGCAUUGCAGCUUUAAAUAUUCUCAGUCUUGCAGUAGCUGACUGACCUGACUUGAACUUAAAAAAAUUAAAAAACAAAAAAAAAUCUGCUUUAGGACAUUAAUUAAAGCUGUCAUCUAAAAACUGAAUACCAGGGGAGCAAUCUUCAGCUGGAUGUUCCUGCUCUGCAAUUCAGAUUCCCACAUGUGGAAAUUGCUGUCAAACACCAAAUUUGACCCAAAAAGUUCCCACAGUCAAAAAGAAAUCAAAAAAUUAUUUUGGUGGACUCUUGUGCUUGUAUGUAAACUCUUACUCUUACUUUUCCUUAAAAAACGGAAAGAAUUUCUUGUGUUUGUUGACAACAGGAAAACGUUACAUAUUCACUUUAACAUUGUACCAUGUUUCACUGAG